CCAGAUGCCCAGCACAGAGGGCAGGAACAGGUCAGCUCCCUGCCUGGGCUCAGGGAUGGGGCUGGAGGUUUUAGGAAGCAGAGCAGGUGGGCAGGGCAGGGAACAGUGAGAACACAGGUGUAGAUGGAGAAGCAAGGAGGGCGCAGACAGGGAUCUCAGGGAGACUGCCUACUGCACAGGAGGGGGGCUCCCCGCUGUGUCCCUGCCCUUCAUCCACUCUGUAACCUGUGACCAAACGGAGCAUUAUCUGUAAAUGAGCACAUCCGUGCUGCAGUUUUUGGGAUGGUGCCAGGGUAGGGGUGAGAGACAAGAAGCUGAGGGAGGUUUCUAGAUGGAGGUGAGGUCCCUGUGAGGCCCUCCUGGACGGGUGGACUCGAUGAGACCCUCCCUAGCUGAGUUCCCAGCAGGAAGCCGGUGCCCAGAGCAAGAACCCUACAGCCGCCUCCCUGGACUCCCUGGAGAGGGACUUUGUUUUGGGAGGUUCUUUGUAGAUCAAGGCAUCAAAAUUGCACCUUUGGGGAAAGCACGUUCCAGAGCGCCAGACACCCGAGGCGCCCUGGGCGGGGGGUGACAGAAUUCGGGGCCCCGCUAAAGCCCCCCAAGCUCCAGGCCAGGCGCGGGCAGGCGCGCAGUUCCCACGGCGGCCCCGGACGGAGGGGAGGGUCUGCGCCGUCCACACCUGCAGAAAUGCGGCGCCUUUCGGCCUAGACCCGGGAAAUCGGGUCCGGUCCGCGUACACCGGCAGAACUCAGGGGUCAGAGCCUGUGCCCUGGAACAUUCGGAUUUGUGCGUCCACGUUAUGGAAACCAGGGGCCCGUCCGGGGGCCGCGGGCGGCAGCCACAAAAUGGCAGGUCCGAGCCCCGGGCUCCGAGAGAACAAAAGCAGAAGCCGCCGCCGCCCGCGCUCGGGGAGGAGCCGCACAGCCGGGUCCCGGGAGACGCCCCGCCCAGGCCGGACCCUCGGAGCCUCCUCGGGGAGACCCCGGCCCCGCCCCUCUCUGCCCCGGAUCGGGCGGGGCCGGGAACGCGCGCGGCGAAGCGGCCUCGGCGGAGUCAGUUCGGGGGACUCGGGGCCGGGAUGGGUCUCAGCGCAGCCGACGGCGGGGGCGGCCCGGGCGCCGGGGAUCUGGAAUCUCUUGAUGCCUAUAUCCAGAGGACGCUCUCUGCCUUGUACCCACCUUUUGAAGCCACGGCAGCCACGGUGCUCUGGCAGCUGUUCAGUGUGGCCGAGAGGUGCCAUGGUGGGGACGGGCUGCACUGCCUCACCAGCUUCCUCCUCCCAGCCAGGAGGGCCCUGCAGCGCCUGCAGCAGGAAGCCUGUGCCAGGUACAGGGGUCUGGUCUUCCUGCACCCAGGUUGGCCGCUGUGUGCCCACGAGAAGGUGGUGGUGCAGCUGGCGUCCCUGCACGGAGUCCGGCUCCAGCCUGGAGACUUCUACCUGCAGGUCACAUCGGCGGGGAAGCAGUCAGCUAGACUGGUCUUGAAAUGCCUGUCCCAGCUGGGAAGGGGCACAGAGGAAGUCACCAUCCCUGAGGCCAUGUAUGGCUGUGUCUUCACGGGGGCGUUCCUGGAGUGGGUGAACCAGGAACGGAGCCACGUUCCCCUGCACACCUGCUUGCUGACCUCAGGCUUGGCUGUCCACCGAGCCCCGUGGAGCGACAUCACUAACCCUGUCUUUGUCCCCAGCCCUGGAGCCAUCCUGCAGAGCUGCUCCAGCUGCACAGGUCCCGAGCAACUGCCCAGCAGCCCCUCAAAGGCCCCAGCCCCCACCCAAGCCAUGGCAGGCCCCCAUUUCCAGGGAAGCACCCCUUCCCCCGACACCCUGACCCCACCCUGCCGCCGAGGGUGUGUGGGCAGCGACCAGCUCAGGCACCUUCCUUACCCAGAAACAGCUGAGCUGGGAAGGCCCCGGACCCUGUCUGGAAGCUCAGACAGGGACUUCGAAAAGGUCAGCCCCUCAGAGCAGGGCCCACGGAUGCCCCCCGAGAACUGUGGGGAGUUGGGGCAGAAGCCAGACCCCAUGAACCAGGAGGACGGCCCCAAGACCCUCACCUUCCACACAGACCUGGACAUCCCGAGCAGCAGGAGGCGGCCGCCAGGGGACUCCAGUUGUGUGCAGCCUAGACGCUGGUUCAGGGAGUCGUACAUGGAGGCCCUGCGGAACCCCAUGCCCCUGGGCAGCUCUGAGGAGGCCCUCGGGGACCCGGCCUGCAGCUCUCUGGCUGGAGCCAGCAGGGACCCGGGGACUGGGACAGCAGCCAGUGGGACUCAGGAGGAAACCUCUGGCACCUGGGGAGACCCCCAACAGACUCCGAGUCUAGAGAAGGAGAGGCACACGCCCAGCCGGGCAGGUCCAGGAGCCGCGGGGCGGACCCUUCCCAGGAGGUCUCGGUCCCGGGAAAGGGCGCCCAGAAGCUCCAGAGGGGCCCAGGCUGCAGCCUGCCACACCUCCCACCACUCAGCUGGUGCUAGGCCUGGGGGCCACCUAGGAGGACAAGCUGUGGGGACCCCAAACUGUGUCCCAGUAGAGGGUCCCGGCUGCAUCAAAGAGGAAGACGUUCUUGCGUCCUCAGCCUGCGUCAGCACAGACGGCGGCAGCCUCCAUUGCCACAACCCCAGCGGGCUUUCCGAUGCGCCUGCCCAGCAGCCACGCCCUGAGCAAGAAGGGUGGCCGCUGGGCACAGGGGACUUCCCCAGCCAGGUGCCCAAGCGGGUGCUGGACGUCAACCAGGAGCUGCUGCAGUCCGGGGUCAUCACCCUCCCAGGGACCCGAGACCGUCAGGGCAGAGCGGUGGUGCAGGUCCGCACCAGGAGCCCGCUCUGGACCAGGGAACACUCGUCCUGCACCGAGCUGACCCGACUGCUGCUGUACUUCCAUAGCAUCCCCAGGAAGGAGGUCCGGGACCUGGGUCUGGUCGUCCUGGUGGACGCACGCAGGAGUCCAGCCGCCCCUGCCGUCUCCCAGGCCCUCGCGGGAUUGCAGAACAACACAUCUCCUAUAAUUCAUAGUAUCUUGCUGUUGAUAGAUAAAGAAUCUGCAUUUAGGCCUGACAAGGAUGCAAUAAUUCAGUGUGAGGUCGUGAGCUCCCUGAAGGCCCUGCACAAAUUUGUCGACAGCUGCCAGCUGACCACAGACCUCGACGGCUCCUUUCCCUACAGCCACGGUGACUGGAUCUGCUGCCGUCAGAGGCUGGAACACUUCGCUGGAAACUGCGAAGAGGCCAUCACUUUUCUACAGAAUUCGUUCUGCUCCCUGAACACCCACAGAACCCCAAGUACAGCCCAGGAAGUUGCCGAGUUAAUUGACCAGCACGAGACGAUGAUGAAGCUUGUCCUGGAAAACCCACUGCUUGUGUCCCUCAGGCUGGAGGGGGGCACCGUCCUGGCACGGCUGAGGAGAGAAGAACUCGGCACAGAAGAUGGCCGGGACACCCUGGAGGCUGCCACCAGCCUGUACGACCGAGUGGAUGAGGAGGUGCACAGGCUGGUCCUCGCCUCGAACAGUCGUCUCCAGCAGCUGGAGCGCCUCCAGGAGCUGGCAUCGCUCCAGGACGGGAAUGACCAGCACUCCUGCCAGAAAGGACUGCAGCUGGUGAAGGAGAACCCGCAUGAUACAGAGGAAAUGGUCCAGGAUGUCAGAAGGGGCCUGAGCGCCGUGGUCAGCCAGGCUGAGUACGGGGAGGGAGACCUGGCCAGGUGGCCCCGCCCAUCCGAGUUGUGCGAGAUGGCGAGCAGCUGGAUGGGGCCCCUGGACCUGGAGGCUUAUCCUUCCUCACCUGUGGCUGAGUGUUUGAGGAGCCGUCACCAGGAGGCUACCUCGGUGGCUGCAGAGGCCUUCCCCGGGGCAGGUGUGGCAGUGCUGAAGCCUCAAACCCUGGGGAGACCGUGGGCAUCGCAGCAAGACCUGUGGCUGCAGUGCCCUCAGACCCGGCUCCGGCUGGAAGAGGCCCUUUCUGAGGCCACCCCAGGCCCCAGCUUACCGCCCCUUGCCCAGAGCCCCCCAAAGCAUGAGUGUGCUCAGGAGGCCAUGAGGAGGCCCCGUAAGCCACCCUCAGUUCCCAGCACGGACACUGAGGAUGGUGCCUGGGAACCCGGCCUCCCUGGACGAGCGCUUCUGUGUGGACAGGACGGGGAGCCCCUGGGCCCAGGGCUGUGUGCUCCGUGGGACCCAGUGUCCCCCCUCGGGGGCCUUUCAGGAGCAGCGGCCACCACGGCCCACCCGGAGGACAGCUCUGCCUGCUCCUCUGAGCCCACCCAGACCCCGGCCAGCCGCCCCAGGAAACAUCCCCAGAAGAAAAUGGUAAAGAAAAUGCAAAGUUUCGAGAUACCUCAGCCCGACAGUGGCCCCAGGGACUCCUGCCAGCCAGGCCAUACCGGUGUCUUCAGCAAGGGCCUGGAGGUAACCAGCACUGUGGCCACAGAGAAGAAGCUCCUGCUGCGGCCUCAGGCCAGGAGCCCCCCGGUCACUGGGAGCCGGAGUCUGUCCUCUCCCUCGGGGCUCCACCCUGCUGAGGAGGACGGGAAGCGGCAGGUGGGCAGCAGCCGACUCAGGCACAUCAUGGCCGAAAUGAUCGCCACGGAGAGGGAGUACGUCCGGUGCUUAGGAUACGUCAUCGACAACUAUUUUCCGGAAAUGGAGAGAAUGGACCUGCCCCAGGGCCUUCGAGGGAAGCACCACGUUAUUUUCGGCAACUUGGAGAAGCUCCACGACUUCCACCAGCAGCACUUCCUCCGGGAGCUGGAGCACUGCCGACACUGCCCCUUGGCCGUGGGCCGCAGUUUCCUGAGACACGAAGAGCAGUUUGGGAUGUACGUGGUCUACAGCAAGAACAAGCCGCAGUCGGACGCCCUGCUCAGCAGCCACGGCAACGCCUUCUUCAAGGACAAGCAGCGGGAGCUAGGUGACAAGAUGGACCUGGCCUCCUACCUGCUGCGGCCCGUGCAGCGCGUGGCCAAGUACGCGCUGCUGCUCCAGGACCUGCUCAAGGAGGCCAGCCGCGGCCCGGCCCAGGGACAGGAGCUGGGCGAGCUCCGAGCCGCCGAGGUCGUGGUCUGCUUCCAGCUGCGCCACAGCAAUGACCUGCUGGCCAUGGACGCCAUCCGCGGCUGUGACGUGAAUUUGAAGGAGCAGGGGCAGCUGAAAUGCCGAGACGAGUUUAUCAUUUGCUGCGGGAGGAAGAAGUAUCUGAGGCACGUGUUCCUCUUUGAAGACCUCAUCCUGUUCAGCAAGACCCAGAAGGUGGAGGGCGGCCACGACGUCUACCUGUACAAGCAGUCUUUCAAGACGGCUGAGAUCGGGAUGACAGAGAACGUCGGGGACAGUGGCUCGAGGUUUGAGAUUUGGUUUCGCAGGCGGCAGAAAUCUCAGGACACCUACAUUCUCCAAGCAAGCUCGGCAGAGGUCAAGCGUGCGUGGACCGAUGUCAUAGGGAGGAUCCUGUGGAGGCAGGCGCUGAAGAGCAGAGAACUCAGAAUCCAAGAAAUGGCAUCCAUGGGGAUAGGCAACCAGCCAUUCAUGGAUGUCAAGCCCAGCGACCAGGCCCCCAAAGGUACAGUGAUAAGCGACCGGGCCUGCAACAGCAUCAUCAAGGGCACAGAGUCACAAAUGAGAGGGCCCACUGCGGGGUCCUCCUCUGACCAUGCCACCCCCUUCAAGCGACCACACUCCACCAUCUCGGACAGCAGCACCUCCUCUUCCAGCAGCCGGUCCUCCUCCAUCCUGGGGUCGCUGGGCCUGCCUGUGUCCUCCAGCCCAGCCCACAGCCCCUGGUCGUCUGACAUCAGAGCCUGCAUCGAGGAAGAUGAGCCGGAGACGGGCACCCAGGCCGCAGUGCGUGAGGGCGCUCCUGCUGUGUUGUGAGCCACGCACGCCAGGCCUGAUGACUGUGGGGGUGGCGGUGCCCAUCGCAUAGCUAGAACGAUACAUAGGGAGCAGCAUGCCAGGCCUGACCACUGUGGGGGUGGCGGUGCCCAUCACAUAGCUAGAACGAUACGUAGGGAGCAGCAUGCCAGGCCUUACUGUGGGAGGGGCGGUGCCCAUCGUGUAGCUAGAACGAUACAUAGGGAGCAGCACGCCAGGCCUGAUGACUGUGGGGGUGGCGGUGCCCAUCGUGUGGCUGGAACAAUCCAGAGGGAGCAACAUAGCAGGUGUCCAGGUAUUUCCCAGGAUUUUAGACACUCCCUAACACUUUCAAACAAAUUUAAAAUGUUGUCUUAUUUGAAAAACAAACCUUCCACUCCCACCCAAGACAACAUCAUAGGAAACAGACCUAAAACAAGACAAAAAACAGACUAAACAUGAAACAAAAGAUGUCAAGACACAAGACAUUUGGAACAAAGGACCAUGAUCCCUGAGAGACAGGAAAACGGAAGGUGAGCCUGGUGGUGGCCUCAGACCUCCCUCCGCCUUGAGAGUUUGCAGGCCUCCAUGCAGGGAGGGGCCCAGGAAGAGCCCAGCAGCCUCCGUGAGUUGAGAGACCAAGUCAGCAGGACUUUGCAGGUCAGAGUGCCAGAGAGAGACGCCUGCAUGGGGAAGGACUCACCAGAUCAGCCCCUCCGGCACCCGGUGUGGUGCUGCCAUUCUCACACUCAGACAGGGAGGCUACCAAGGCUGGGAGAAACCUUUGAAAAGACCUAAGAUCCAUUUCUGGUACUCGUGGGCUGGGAACAGGACCCUCUCCCACCAGCCAGACUGGGAAAACUCGCGAUCUGUGAGCAUUAGGUGGAGUUCUCAGAAAAUCUUGCCUCAGGAGUGGGGAUAAUUAGCCCUGGACUGAGCCCUGCUCCUCACCCACCUACAAAAUCAUAAAAGCAAGACCUGAAAUGAUCAGACCAUUCCCAGGUAAUUCACUCCAUCCCAGAACAAAGCUCCAGACGAUCUAUAGGUUACCAAAGUGUCCACACCCUGCGAGGUAAACUCUCAGUGCCUGACCUCUGAAUGCCAGGCGUGCAGAGGAGCAGCCAAGUGCAGACACAUCAAGGAGAGUCGCCCGGCAAAGGCAACCACACGGAGCCAGCAUCGGUGCUAGAGUCACAGAACUCAAACUGUGGCUGAAACCACAGCCCAGACGUCCAGAAAGUUAAGAAAUAACAAGGAAGAGAUUAAGAAGACCCAGACCGACCUUACAGGGAUGAGCAACUACAAUAUUGACGGUGAAAUACCCUGGAUGGGGUAACAGAUUGGAUUUCACAGAAGAGACCAUGAGGCACCUUGAAGAUGCAUCAGUGGAAGCUAUUUGCAUUAGUCGGGCCUCCAGAGAGACGGAACCAGUAGGAGAUAGAUGAUGAUUGAUAGACAGACAGACAGACUGACAGAUGAGAGGGGCCUUAGGGGCAUUGGCUGACACAAUUUUGGCAGGUCAAGAGCCCCACAAUAGGCCACCCACAAGCUGGAGACCCAAGGAAGCUGCUAGUGUAGCCCAGUCCAAGUCCUGAAGCCUCAGAGCCAGGGAAGCCAAUGGUAUAAUUCUCAGCCAGAGGCCAAAGGCCUGAGAACCCGGCGGCCACUGGUGUAAAUCUGGAGUCCCCUAGACCCAGUGAACUCCAAACACAAGAGAUAUGAGUGCACAUCAUAAUCCAAUUGCAUAAAACCGGUGACAAACAGAAAAUCCUAAAAGCAGUCAGAGGACAAGGGCAUGUUCUGUUGGGAGGCACAAAGCUGGUGAGGAUGGCCGACUCCUCAGAAGCAGCACGGGUGAGAGACAGUGGAAUGUACUAAGGAGAAAACUGCCAAAUUCACAUUCUGUACCUGACAAAAUCUUUCCAAAACAAUGGUGACAUAAAGACAUUUUCAUACACACAGAAGCUAACAUAAUUUUGUCACCAGCAGACCUGCACUACAAGAAACAUUAAAGGAUGUGC